AGGGAGAAAGACACUUGGGAUCAGCAGAAAGGGGAGGGGGAAAAAGUUGGACACGGCUAAUCUUGCUGUAACUUUUUUUCCCUCUUUCCUUUCUCUGUGGAAGAAGACUCAAGGAAAAAAAAAGGCAAGGGGACAAAAACUAGGCUGGAUUACAUUUGUCUGCAUUUGCAUCGCCCUGCAGGAUUCCCAAACCGGACCUUGGAUCUAUACACGCACAACAGCGGAUUAAUGUGGUCGCAAACUUGUGGAUUUAUCAGAAAUUGAAGCUGGUGGCUGGAGUGAGGUGAGGUGGUGUUUUUUGGAGGAGUGAAACCAUGUGGCUUUUCUGCUCCUCUCUGGCUCUGCUGGCCAUCAGCUUUGGAUCGUGUGACCCUCUGGUGUCCGAACAAGAUGUGCAGUGCCCGUCCUUACAAGUGGAGGACUGGAAGUUUCCCCAGAGCGCCAGGACCAACAUCACCGGUUUUAAUCUGGUGAGGCGAUUUUCCCUGCUCAAGAGCAAAGAUGUCAAGAAGAUCCGUAACCCUCGAGGAGCUGUCAUCCUCCGCUUGGGCAAGACUGCGCUCUUACGACCCAGCGACCAGGUGUUCCCCUAUGGCCUGCCAGAGGAGUUCACUCUGGUCUUCACCCUGGCGUUAAAGAAGGCUGCCUUGAGAGACACCAUCUACCUCUUUCAGAUAUCGGAUGCGCAGGGAUAUCCACAGCUCUCCGUAGACGUCAGCGGCCCAGAUCGCACCCUGUCCUUUCGAGCCAAAGGGGCAAACCCUUCAGCGGACCUGGUGGGUUGUGUUUUCACUGGAGAGGGAGUGGAAGCCUUGAUGGAUCUGCACUGGCACAAGUUGGCCCUCAGUGUCCAACACGGAGCUGCUUCCCUCCAUGUGGAUUGCAGCUCAAUUGAGACCAAACCCCUGGAGCGCAGAGGAGCCCUUCCCUCUGAUGGACACACUCUGCUGGGUAUUCGGGCGUCAGAUGCUGGGGCUGUGCAAAUGGAUAUUCAGCAGGCAAUGCUGUAUUGUGACCCCUCACUUGCCAUGCACGAGGCCUGCUGUGAAAUACCUGGGGCACGGUGCCCUCCUGAUGCUCCCAAGAGCCGCCGUGCUGCUGAAAACGACCUGUUGGACAACACAUUUAACCAGGAGAUUUUUGCAUCCAAGGAUCUUGCAGAAAAAUGUGGGGGGUGUUUACUCCUGAAUAGGGAAGAAAAUGUUGUAAACUUCGGCGGGGUUGCUGGGGUGAAAGGUGAAAAAGGGGACCGGGGUGAUGACUGUUCUGGCUCCCAUUCAGGUCCAUGCACAGAAGGACCCAAGGGGCAGAAGGGAGAGAAAGGCGAGUCGGCGACCCCUGCCAACUGGGGCGAAGCAGCUGGGUACAAGGGAGACAAAGGUCAGAAGGGUGAGAGGGGUCCACAGGGUCUGACAGGCACCCCAGGAAAGGAUGGUCGAGCGGGAUCGGUCUGUGUGGUCGGCCCCAAGGGACAGAAGGGUGUCCCUGGUAUGGUAGGUCCGGAAGGAUUGGCAGGAGAGCCAGGAAGGCCGGGACUACCAGGGGUCGGAAAACCAGGUCCUCCAGGCCCUCCUGGUGAACCCAGCGGUGCAAAAGGAGAAAAGGGCGAUAAAGGAACUUCUGGAGAAGAUGGAUUCCCUGGAGAACCAGGUCCAAGAGGACCACCUGGAUAUAAAGGAGAGAAGGGUGACCCAUGCGAAGUGUGUCCAGUGCUGCCUGCAGACAUAGGCAACAAAGUGGCUUUGCAAGGGAAACCUGGCCCUAAAGGAGAGCCCGGAUUACCAGGGAUAGGAGAGAGAGGACCGUCUGGUCUUCGAGGUGCAGAUGGCAAGGAAGGACGGAAGGGAGAACCAGGAUCUGAUGGUACCAAAGGUGAAAAGGGAGAGUCGUGUUCUGCGUGCCCCACUCUCGGAGAGUUUUCUAACUCUGUCCCCGGUGUCAUGACCCAAACCCAACAGCAAAAAGGCGAGAAGGGAGAAGCUGGAAUUGGGCAGAAAGGAGAGAGGGGGCAGCCGGGAGAUGUAGGGCCGGCUGGUCUUAGAGGAGAGCAGGGUAGUCCAGGCAGCAGAGGAGCUGAUGGAAAGACCGGAAAACCUGGAUCAAGGGGACCAAGUGGCAAGGAUGGACAGAAAGGUGAAAAGGGAGAACAAGGGCAGCCUGGUGUUAGUUCUCCGGGCCAAAAGGGUGAGAAGGGCGAGUGCGGUGUGUGUGAAUCAUCAGAGGUUGGCCGGAUACCUGCUAAUAUCAAAAUGCCAGUGGGAGCAAAAGGCAGUCAAGGUGAACCAGGUCCUCAGGGGCCACCAGGACCUCCAGGUCUUGGGGCUGAAGGCAAACAGGGCCCAUCAGGGCUGCCUGGUGCCAAAGGAGAAAAGGGUGAGCAAGGAGAUCGAGGAGAGAAUGGAUUAGAUGGAGCUACUGGAGCCCCAGGAAUGCCUGGAGACCAUGGUCGGGAUGGCCAACGGGGCUUGAAGGGAGAAAAGGGGGACGCGUGUACCAGCUGCCCUUCUGCUGGUGCUGUCGUGGGUGACGGUGUAGCUGUGCCAGGCCCCAAAGGAGAGAAAGGAGACCCCGGCCCCCCAGGAGAAGGAAAGUCUGGCAAAAAUGGAAAGCCAGGUUUGCCUGGUGUGCAGGGCCCCGUCGGUCCCAAAGGAAUCAAGGGAGAAGUCGGAGUCCCAGGAAUUGGCCUUCCAGGACCACAAGGUGAAGAGGGACCAAGAGGACUCCCAGGACUUGUAGGACUUGCUGGUGCCAGAGGAUCACCUGGGCCUGCUGGCCCUGCAGGGGAGAAGGGCUUCAAAGGUGACUCUGGGCUUCCUGGACCACCUGGUCCCCUGGGCGUUGGAGUAACAGGCCCCCCGGGUAGAGAUGGAGCCCGCGGCUCCACGGGACUGCCGGGAGCUGAUGGAAGACCUGGGCUUGAUGGAGCUAAAGGGGACAAGGGUGAACCUGGAGAGUGCGGCUGCCUAAUGCCGCACACGGGCGUAGGCGGACCUGGAGCUCCAGGAACUCCAAUAAACACGUGGCAGCCCGGGCCUCAGGGUCCCCCAGGACCUCCUGGCCCACCUGGACCCCCUGGGCCUCAGGGAGUUAUUGGAAGCCAAGGACCUCAGGGUAUCCCUGGAAACGACGGGCUACCGGGGAAACCGGGUUUGCCUGGAAACAUCGUAAGUAAUAAUAGAGAAAAAGGAGGAGAGGCGUGUUUGGAGAGACUGCAGACGGAGCAGGCAACACAACCAAGGGGCGAUCAGCCUUGUGUGGGAACACCUGGAAUCCCAGGAAUGCCUGGAUCACCGGGAACAAAAGGAGAUCCAGGUCCAUCCGGAGAAAGAGGCCAAGCGGGAAUGCCCGGAAACAUGGGACCUCCUGGAUUUCCAGGUUCUCAGGGCCCACCUGGUUUACCUGGUCAACAGGGUGAGCGAGGGUCAGAUGGCCUCCCGGGAAUGAAGGGUGAUCAGGGUCCUUCAGGGACGCCUGGGUACCCAGGAACCAUGGGCCCUCCUGGACUGCCUGGACUCAAGGGCGAACGUGGAAGCCCAGGAACUGCUGGCCUAAAAGGAGAAUCAGGGCCUCCUGGUAACCCUGGAUAUCAAGGACAAGCUGGAUUGCCGGGCAUUAAAGGAGACAGUGGACCAGCAGGGCCUGCUGGUGCUAAGGGGGAUCAGGGCUUCCAAGGACAACCAGGCUUCCCAGGACCACCUGGACCACCAGGUCCUGCCGGCAAAACUGGAAGGGAAGGGCUUCCUGGGCUCAAAGGGGAAAAAGGCAACGACGGCACUCAAGGCCCUCAAGGAUCAAGUGGACCACCCGGUUCAACCGGGUCGCCAGGGUUGAUGGGGCCCCGUGGCAUUGACGGAAUUGACGGAAAAGAUGGGAAACCAGGACUGCGGGGAGAAACAGGGCCUCCAGGCCCAGCAGGACCCCGGGGAAUGCCCGGAUUCAAAGGGAAAACCGGCCACGUUGGCUUUCCCGGACAGAAGGGUGAAGCCGGACCCACAGGUCCACCCGGGCCACCUGGCAGACCGGGACAUGAGGGUGAUCCAGGUACGCCAGGACCUCAGGGGAGACCUGGACCUCCGGGCCACCUUGGCUCUACAGGUCCAUCUGGACCUCCAGGACCUCCAGGCCCAUCAGGAGUGGGUAUAAAAGGAGAUAAGGGCCAGGAUGGAGAGAGGGGUCUCCCAGGGAUGCCAGGAUCUCCAGGGCCACCGGGGCACCCGGGGCCUAUGGGUGAGCCAGGGAGCGAUGGUUCUCCUGGAAAAGAUGGAGUGGCAGGUGUGCCAGGGGACAAUGGGCAGUCAGGGCAAAAGGGUGAGGCAGGGACUCCUGGCCAGAGGGGUCCUCCAGGAGAAAGAGGUAGGCCAGGGCCCCCUGGUGGAGGAGCAUAUAGUUCCAAGGAUGCACAGCCCAUGAUUGGCCCAGUCGGCCCCAGAGGGGAAAGGGGAAGUCCAGGCUCAGCAGGUGCCCCCGGCCCCCCUGGUCUUCCAGGAUCGCCAGGAAAUGACGCUGUUGUCAAUUACGAUGAAGUCAAGAACUUCAUUCGCCAACAGGUCAUUAAGAUCUUUGACGAGAGAAUGGCCUAUUACAUGUCUCGCAUGCAGAUGCCAGUAGAGAUGGUGGCGUCCCCGGGUCGGCCUGGGCCUCCAGGGAAAGAUGGAACUCCAGGUAGUCCCGGAACCCCAGGUGCCCCCGGUCUUCCAGGACAGAUUGGCCGACAAGGCCGGCCAGGAGGACAAGGACUCCCAGGACCACGAGGACCGCCUGGAGAAAAAGGAGACAAGGGUGUUGGAGAGAUGGGAGAUGUAGGCCCUCCUGGAGCACCGGGUGUUCCAGGCCCCCCAGGCUAUGGUAAGAUGGGACCCCCUGGUCCCGUUGGCCAGCAGGGUGUCCCUGGGAUCCCAGGCCCUCCUGGACAACAGGGUUCCAAAGGAAAAGAUGGCCGCUGUAAUCCCGCAGACUGUAUGAGCCAUCCAGUAGAAUACAGCCCCAAGGGCCCAUCUGUCAAGGGCCCCUGGUAAAGGGCUACAGGGGAUGGAGGAAAGGGGCAGGGGGGCUGAAGCAAAAAGACUACAAGGAGAAGAAAGAAAGCCAAACACCGUGACCCAAAGUUAUUAAGUCUGACCACAAGAUGGAAUAUAGGCACUGCCUUUGUUGUUGAAUAGCUAGAUUUACCCUCACCGAUUUCUUCUAUAGUUCUGAGCAAACAUCUGCGAUUUCUUUCUAAGGGCCUCGCUGGAACUGAGACCUGCAAAGAUACACCGGCAGCACAUUUUUAUUGCAUCAUUGUUGUUCCCCCACAAAAGCCAAUUCGUUGCUUUUAUUUCCUGCUCUUAUUUUUGGUCUUGGCUCAUUUUUUUACAUUUUCCUCGCUGUGUUUUAUUCCUUUUAUAUAUUUUAAAACAACCCAGGAGAGGUGACAAGAAUCACAAACUGCAGUUUCUUCUUCUUCUUUUCUUUAAGAUUCUGGUCUCGGCU